AUGGCUGGAAGAGGUGGAAGAAAUGAUGAUGCAAUUUGUGAGGCCUUAGGAAUGAUUGUUGAUGUGCCAGGAGGGAGUCCCAACGCGGCGGGAAUUAGUGCUAACAGACAGCUGGGAGAAUUUCAAAGGAAUAAUCCUAUGUUGUUCAAAGCUGAUGACUGGUGGGUUGCUACUAGAGCUGAACUUGAUGUUGAUGGUGUAGCAAUUACUUGGGCAGUGUUCAGAAGAGAAUUUAUGAGAAGGUACUUUCUUGAGGAUGUUCAAGGAAUAGAGGAGAUUGAUUUCCUAGAGCUGAAGCAGUGUAAUAUGACGGUUCCUGAGUAUGCUUCUAAGUUUGUUGAGCUGGCGAAGUACUACACUCACUACAACAAUGAUGAUGGGAAGAAGCCUAUGGAUAAAAGUAAGCCAUAUGGCAAAGGUAAUCCGAAAGCUGGUGGUUGGAAAAGGCCCAGCGGGGGAGAAUCUAGUGCUCCUGUUAGGUGCUAUAGGUGUGGUGAAGCUGGACAUCACAUCCAUGAGUGCAAGAGUGAAGAAAAUAAGUGCUAUAGGUGUGGUAAGGCGGGUCAUGUUGUUGCUGAUUGUAAGGGAAAGACUGUGACUUGCUACAACUGCGGUGAAGAAGGUCAUGUCAGUCCACAAUGCACUAAGACAAGGAAGAAUCAGUCAGGUGGAGAAGUCUUUGCUUUGUCUGGGUCAGAGACUACUCAUGAAGAUCGAUUGAUGAAAGCUGUCGGUGUUGAGGAUUUGGCAAUGACUGCUAGAUAG